AUGGGAAACAAACGACUGGAUCAUAUUCGACAAGACGCUUUAGAAUCGGCGCCAUACUUGGGGAGCGAUGAGGACUCUUCUACUAUGAAAAAUGCGUCUUCAUUAUCGACAAGUGACUCACAGGCUGAGGUCAAGCCCUGGGUUCAUUUCGUUGCUGGCGGCGCUGGGGGGAUGGCUGGUGCCAUUGUGACAUGCCCCUUUGAUGUGGUGAAAACCAGACUGCAAAGUGACGUUUUCCAAAAUGCCUAUAAGUCGUCCGCUACUGGUGGCGCAGACGGAGCCUCUAAUUUCGUCAAAACCGGGGCAAGACAUUUUAAAGAAACAUUUGGAAUUCUUUCAGAUGUUUAUAAGCUAGAAGGUUUUCGAAGUCUGUUCAAGGGAUUAGGGCCGAACCUUGUAGGUGUCAUUCCCGCGAGAAGUAUCAAUUUCUUCACUUAUGGAACUACCAAACAGAUAUAUUCCAAAGCCUUCAAUGAUGGCCAAGAGGCACCUUGGAUUCAUCUCAUUUCUGCUGCCACGGCUGGAUGGGCUACCUCCACCGCUACAAAUCCCAUAUGGCUUAUCAAAACCAGACUUCAAUUAGACAAGGCGGGCCAAACUCAACAGUACAAAAGCUCCUGGGAUUGCUUCAAACACAUUAUGCGCCAUGAGGGCUUUUUGGGUCUCUAUAAGGGGCUCAGCGCAUCUUAUUUGGGGUCUGUAGAAGGCAUUUUGCAGUGGCUGCUAUACGAACAGAUGAAGCAUGUUAUCAAGAUGCGUUCCAUUGCAAAAUUCGGUAACAUUAGCGAGGGUGAGAAAAGUAGCGUCGACAAAUUCAAAGAGUGGUGUCAAAGGUCCGGCAGUGCUGGACUUGCAAAGUUUCUGGCCAGCAUUGUCACCUAUCCUCAUGAAGUAGUGCGGACGAGAUUAAGACAGGCGCCGCUACAAGACGGAAAACUCAAAUACACUGGUCUUAUUCAAUCCUUCCGCGUUAUAAUAAAGGAAGAGGGUCUAGCUUCGAUGUAUGGCGGGCUGACUCCUCAUCUCCUUCGAACGGUGCCGAACAGUAUCAUCAUGUUUGGUACUUGGGAAUUGGUGAUAAAGCUGCUUUCGAACGUUUAA